CUGGGGUGACGUGACAGCGCACUUCUUUCAUUUCCAGCUUUGCAAGAUCUCCAUUUUCUUCGGCCCUACGCACAGGAAAAGGGGAUUAAAGACGAGGAACAAUGAAUGAAGAAUACGACGUGAUCGUGUUGGGAACUGGGCUAACGGAAUGCAUCCUGUCUGGGAUCAUGUCCGUGAAGGGGAAGAAGGUGUUGCACAUGGACAGGAACUCGUACUAUGGAGGAGAGAGCGCCUCCAUCACCCCUCUGGAGGAUUUGUACAAGCGCUUCAGCAUUCCAGGCAACCCUCCCGAGUCCAUGGGUAAAGGCCGCGACUGGAACGUGGACCUCAUUCCCAAAUUUCUAAUGGCUAAUGGUCAGCUGGUCCGUAUGCUGCUGAUCACACAAGUGACGCGCUACCUGGACUUCAAAGUGAUCGAGGGCAGCUUCGUCUAUAAAAAGGGCAGCAUCUACAAAGUGCCCUCCACAGAGACCGAAGCUUUGGCAUCCAGCCUCAUGGGACUUUUUGAGAAACGACGAUUCAGGAAGUUCCUUGUGUUUGUUGCCAACUUUGACGAGAAUGACCCAAAGACCCUGGAGGGAGUGGACCCCAAAAAGACCACCAUGCGGGAUGUGUACAAAAAGUUUGACCUCGGGCAAGACGUUGUGGAUUUCACCGGCCAUGCUCUCGCUCUCUACCGCACAGAUGACUACCUGGAUCAGCCAUGCAUGGAGACGAUAAACAGGAUUAAGUUGUACAGCGAGUCUUUGGCGAGGUAUGGCAAGAGUCCAUAUUUGUACCCUCUUUAUGGCUUGGGAGAGCUGCCUCAAGGCUUCGCCAGAUUAAGUGCCAUUUAUGGAGGAACUUACAUGCUAAACAAACCCAUCGAGGAGAUCGUUAUAGAGAACGGCAAAGUGGUGGGCGUCAAAUCUGAGGGCGAGAUCGCACGCUGUAAGCAGCUGAUUUGCGACCCCAGUUACAUCAUGGACCGAGUGAAUAAGGUGGGUCAGGUGAUUAGGGUCAUCUGCAUCAUGAACCACCCCAUCAAGAACACCAGCGACGCCAACUCCUGCCAGAUCAUCAUUCCUCAGAAUCAGGUCAACAGGAAGCAUGACAUCUACGUGUGCAUGAUCUCUUACGCUCAUAAUGUGGCAGGACAGGGUAAAUAUGUGGCCAUUAUUAGCACCACUGUGGAAACCAAUGACCCUGAGAAAGAGAUCAAACCAGCUUUAGACCUUCUGGAACCGGUUGAGCAGAAGUUUGUGAGCAUUAGUGAUCUCUACGCUCCAACUGACAUGGGAUCUGAUAGCCAGGUCUUCAUCUCUCGCUCUUAUGAUGCCACAACCCACUUUGAAACCACCUGCGACGACAUCAAAGACAUCUACAAGCGAAUGACGGGCACAGAGUUUGACUUCGCCGAAAUGGAGCGCAAGAAGAACGACAUCUUCGGAGACGCCGCUGAUCAGUAAACCGGCUCCAGCUGGUCUUGAAUAUCAGAUAUUCAGACGAUCAUAAUCCUAAUGUAAAAAAGGCAAAUUGGGCAAUCCGGUUAUCCAAGUGUUUGCCCAUAAAGGAAUUUCAUGUAAACCGUUACAAAAAUUUAGCAUUUUCGGGGGGAGAAGGGGAGAGGGGUCUGCCAGUCUGCUUUUUAUAAUCAGGAAACGAGAUAUAUUUUGCACUGAUUGUUUAAACGUCCUUUAUUCAGAUAUCAUCAUGUAAUUUUUAUUACGUUAAAUCCGAAUAUGCCAAAUGAUCCGAUUAAAGUGGUAUUAUAAAGAAAUCCAUAUUUUCAAAAAUUGGUGUUUGCUUUGAAGACGGUCCGUAACCUCCUAAAGCCCCAUGCGAUCAGUUUGCAAAAUUGUAAUACAAUCUUUUGAGUUCAAGCAGGUUAACAGCACAUUUUUCUCUCAAAUCUACUUAAAGGAUAACUUUCAUGAAGGCAUUCUUCUAUUUUCCUACUAAACUUGUUCUUAAACUAGUUAUGAAUCUUUAGUUCGCAAUCUAUAUCUCAGAUUCCUGCGUUUACACUUUGAAGAGAAGCAUCAAGCACACACGGUGUAGAAAAUAUUUGAUGUAAUCUGUGUCCAACCUUACAGUAUUCAUUGAUGUGAUUUGAAAACUGACCCCCUUAGCUGUAAAUUGUGCUACUUGUUGGACGGGCGGGUGCUUCGAUGGUGUUUUCUUGAGCUUUGUCUUGCAUCUCUUUUCUGAUGGGUUCUGCGUGGUUUUAAGGCCGCUAUAAACAGGAAGGUUAUCACACGUCAAUGGGAAAAGCUGCUUAGCUGUAAGUCUGGAUUCUGCUUGUCUCGUGUGUGUUGGAGCUCGCCUUCUCCCUCACCUCGGAGCGUACAGAGGACGGCUCUGAUGUGUUAGAAAGGACCAAAAUGUCUAUGGCAGUAUUGACAUGACCGGGGCCCUGUGCAAAAAUGUCACCAAUGUUUUAAACAAACGCUGAACCAAUGGGGCUCAAAUGAUUUCUGUACUGCAAAGUAAAAAUGUUAACUUGUGGAAAA